GAGUUUUGAUUCAAAAAGUUCCUAAUGAGCUCAAAAGAUCUUCGAACAAAUUACAAAUAAGCAUCUAAAGAAAUGACAUUGAAGGGAAUAAUUAUUGAAAAAUUUUCAUCGGUACCUAUGCUGUGAACAUUUUAUCUAUUCGAAAUUUCGAUUUGUUGCGUUAUAAUAUGUUUUAUAUUGUCAGUUUGACAUCUUGAAAAUAAACAUUUUGUUAAGUUGAUUUAUUCAUAAUUAUGUGUGAAAAUGAGAAUCCAAAAGUAAUAGUUGAUGAUGAUUUCUUAGACCUCAGAAAUGAUCAAGGAAAUACUUACAGAAGAAGACCAUUGAGUUCUCAUUCAAUAACAAGAGGUUCAUCAGUAAAUACUCAAGGAAAUGUCAGUACUACGAAAGAAGUUCUCCCAGGAUUGCAGAGAUUCUUGAACACAUAUGGUCAGAAAAAGUCAAACUCUUUCGGUUACAAGAAGAGUAAUCGCACCAAUGCUCAACCUGUGGAUUGCAGAUUUCGCAGGAAGGUGGAAAAGAAAGUGAUAAGUUCAAGGUCUACGUCUAUUUUACAGGAAAAUGAGAGAGAGGAACAAAAAAAAACGUCCGAAAGUCAUAUCUCCGAAGUUUCGUCGGUUCACAAUCACUCAUCAGAAUCCGGAAAGACGAAGAACGGACAAAAAAUACAACCAACACAUUCCCAAAUCAGUCUCAAAGAUGAAAAAUGUUCGAAAAUUGCAAAAACUAAAAAACCCACUCGAAUUAUAAGUGAGUCGAAAAAAAAAGAAGAUAAAGAAUCGCCUGGUAAGAAUAAUUUACAAAUCAACGAUGUAAUGAAAGAAUGUAAAAAGGAAUUCGAACAGCAAAUGAAGAAAGCACAGACUGUUCUGAAAAAGGAUAUCCUCGAUGGAGAAACUUUGGAUCCAAACAAGUUCAGCACUAAUAAUAACAAAACAAAAUUUCAGUUAGAAGACCCGAGACUGCCAGCUUCUUAUGGAUAUUAUUUAUUACCUACAUUCAAGAAAAGCUGGACCAUUCCAUCGUUGCCUUUGCUCAAAAGACAAUUUCCAUGGGCAAAGCAUUAUAAUGCAUUAUGUGCUAAAGUAGAUCGGAAAACAUACGAGUUUGAUACUGAAGAAUCCGUGUCAGAUUCUGAGGAUAACGUAUCUGCAUAUUCUACAAUUUCUACAAGUAACUUCAUGAAUCUUAUUUUUUGCUUAGGAUGUAUUUGUGGAAUCUUCCUCAUUGGAGGUAUUCUUACGGCCUCUGAAAUUCAAGCUGAUUAUUUUAGGCCUAUGGAAUCUGAAAUGGGAAUGGUGGAGUUCAUCUAUGGUCAAUUUACGUAUAUGAUUCGUGUGAUAUUCAGUGUUUUCCACAGGAUAUUAACUCUUCCAGGUACGAAGUUGUUCAGAUCGAGUGUGGAGCAGCCGGGACAUUGGAGCUUUUUUAACAAAUAUUUGUAUUUCAUACCUCAAUAGAUCUCAAUUAAAUCGAAA